CCCAUUUUUCUCUUAACCCCUCACUCCAUCCCCAUGCAUGACUCAUUGAGUCCCCAUUACUCCCUUAGAUAUAGAGAUUUUCCUUUUCCUUUGACUUCAAUUGCACCCCUCAACCUCAUCCCACAAUGCAUGACAAAUACAUUUAUUUACUAGAGCCAGCAACAACAAGCACCCCCACAUGAAUCAUUCUUCAUUUUAAAUACUCUAAUAACACCAUAGUAUAUGCGGUAUUUAUCAAACAUUUUUCUUAUUGACUUCAUUUUCACGUAAACAUUUUCACAUCGCGUUGUAAAGAAACCAAACCAAGUAGAAGAACAAAACAAGAUUUUAAUUCAACAUUUCACAAACCGGAUCUUGACUGUUUUGUUGGGUCCCCUCCCAAAAUCUCAUUUUAAGUUCAAAGCUCAAACCUUUUCCGCAAAAUUAAUACACCUUUUCCCCCCAUUCAAGUAAACCACACUGACUUCACUCCCCUCAAAUGCCAAGUCAAUCCGAGUCACCAAGCAACUCACUGAGUCAACUCUCUCGGAACAUGUUCUCCGACAACAACAGCAACAUCAUGCUCGCAGCCAUAGUUUCCUUGCUCCUAGUAAUCCUCUUUGUCCUCCUACUCCAUGUGUACGCCAAAUGGUUCUUAUUCCAGGCACAAACACGUUCGCAGACUCGCUGGCGGCGAACUCCGGUGACCGUCUCCGGCGUUCUGGAACCUUCCCAUUUUCAUAGUAUCAACAUAGAAUCCUCACCCACGUGCAACAAAGGCCUUGACUCGGCCUCACUUUCGGCAAUUCCAAUGUUUGUGCAAGGAACAGAGAAAACAGAGGAAUCGGAAUGUGUCAUUUGCUUGAGUGUUAUUGAAGAGGGUGAGAUUGGAAGGGGAUUGCCGAAGUGUUGCCAUGCUUUUCACAUGGAGUGCAUUGACAUGUGGUUGAGUUCACAUUGCAAUUGUCCAAUUUGUAGAGCUCCUAUUGUGGUAAGUGGAGAUUCUCAAUUGGGUUCUGUUGAUGGUGAUAGUGAUGGUGUGGUUGAGAUUGUGGUUGUUACUCCCAGUUAUGAGAGUAGUGAGAAUGAGCAUGGUGAAGUGAGUGAUUCUGUUCCUGAAACUUCUUCAUCUUCGUUGGGUUUCUCUCUGAAGAGAUUGCUGAGUAAGGUUUUUCUGUCACCUGAUCAUGUAACUGAAUUGGAUGCUUCGCAGUAAAUAUGCACUUUUCUUAAUGUUUACACAGUUUUUUUUUUAUGUGCUUCUAUUGUAUGUGAAACUGUUUAGUUUUUUUUGUUUUUUUUUUGGAGAUGUGUACUUCCUUUCUUUUUCCUUUUUCUCUCAAUUGGCUGAGACAGUUAAAUUAUACGCCCAAAUUCAUAGGAAACUAUACCAGAUCAAGUUUCAUUAGUCUCUUGACGAAUUUGAAUGAUUUUCAGAAAAUCAAUGUUCAAUUCCCUUUUAC